UCUCUCUGUGUAUGUGUCGUAUCUGUCAUUUCCUUUGACUACCCUUUUGGAUUUGAGGCCUAUCUGCUUUGGCAAACUUUGAAAAUUUAUGGAAGAUGUCCCACAGCAUUCAUCUUCUUCUUGGUCAUGAUAUUUCUACCUCCUUUUCUCCUCCUCUUUUAAUGGAUGAAUCCUUUUCAGCUCUUUGCUUCUGCACUUGGCGGAUUUCGUAUCUCCAUGAACAAUGGUUCGCGCAAUGUCGCCAAACAGAAGCAGGAAGGGGAAUCUACUUAUGCCAGAAGUAGAAGGCAAAGAUCUGGGUUCUCUAACUCCUUUUCAAGUCAGGACUUGAGAUCAUUAGACAUGGAGGAGGCUGCAGAGGAAGAGGUAGAAAUACAUAAGUCAUGUCAAAUAGGAGGUUAUGAGGACUGUCCAAGAAGCCUGGAUUGUGAAAGAGCUUCGGCAAAAGCAAGCACUUCAGGCUCAGAUGACCGAGCAGCCACUCAUUGGCGGGGCUUCUUCCGUCUACUUAAAAAGGGGCCACAAAUCAAGUUCCAGACCUUCCCAAAACUUACUAGAAGAAAGAGCAAGAGAAUAAGAGAGGAUAUGGUCCCACCUUUGACUUCUUUAGAUGCUGAACUAUACUGCUUUAAGCCUUCCUGGAAGAAUUUCACACUGUCUGAGCUCCAAAUUGCAACCAACAAUUUCAGCCAAGAGAAUUUGAUUGGUGAGGGCGGCUAUGCUGAAGUUUACAAGGGGGAAUUGCAAAACAGGCAACUCAUUGCGGUUAAGCGUCUGACAAGAGGAGCCCAAGAAGAAAUGACAGCAGAUUUCUUGUCUGAGCUUGGGAUUAUUGUCCAUGUUGACCAUCCCAAUCUAGCCAAACUUAUUGGAUACGGGGUUGAAGGAGGAAUGCACCUUGUUCUUGAUCUAUCUCCCAAUGGGAGCCUUUCAUCUAUUCUUUAUGGUCCAAGGGAGAAACUGGACUGGGGAAUCAGAUACAAAGUUGUUUUAGGGACUGCAGAAGGCCUUCUGUAUCUUCAUGAGGGAUGUCAAAGGAGAAUUAUCCACAAAGAUAUUAAGGCUUCUAAUAUAUUACUUUCAGAGGAUUUUGAACCUCAGAUAUCUGAUUUUGGACUGGCUAAGUGGCUACCAGAUCAAUGGACUCACCAUAUAGUAUCGAAAUUUGAAGGCACAUUCGGUUACCUUCCUCCCGAGUUCUUCAUGCACGGCAUAGUGGACGAGAAAACCGAUGUCUAUGCUUACGGGGUACUACUCUUAGAGCUCAUAACAGGACGCCAAGCUUUGGACAGCUCGCAGAAAAGCCUUGUGAUGUGGGCCAAACCCUUGCUCUCCAAGACUAGUUUCAAGGAGCUUGUAGAUCCUUGCCUCAGCAAUGCCUACGACGUAGAACAAAUGAGCCGCGUAGUCUUGACAGCUUCUAUGUGUAUCCAUCAGUCAUCUGUCAGUAGACCCCAAAUGAGCCAGGUUGUCCAAAUUCUUAAAGGUGAUGGAGGCAGUUUGGAGCUAGUGAAACAACGGCAGAAGUCUAAACUCCGAAGGACAUAUUCAGAGGAGCUCUUCGACGCAGAAGAGUACAACUCAACGAAAUAUUUGAACGAUCUCGAUCGGCAUAUGGAGACUGUUUUAGGACCCUCCAAGGAUGAUGUCUAAGUACAUGUUGGCAGUGAUAAAGUCCCAAAAACACUAGGAGUCAAUAGAAGUUUGGUGGCGAACAUUGCAAAGUGGAAGAAGAUCAAGGAAGUUAACACAUGUUUGAACCUUAUUGACAUGAUUUUAGUGCAGUCAAAAUGUGAAUGAAGAAUAGGAAAACUAAUAUGCUUAGAUUGAGUACUUCCUGAAACUUCCAUUUUUUUGAUUUGUCAUAAAUGGGAAAGGGCUAAUAUUUAAUAGGUGAUAA